AUGCCUGAAACGUUAUUGAAGGGAUCUUGCUAUUGUGGCUCGGUGUCGUAUUCUGUGGCUGGUGGUCCAGUUCUCAGCGCAUAUUGCCAUUGCAUCAACUGUCAACGUUUGUCCGGAUGCCCGUUCAUACACACCGUGCACGUCGAAUUUGACGCGUUCAGCUGGACCCACCCCCCGCCCCACGGUGCUCAGUUAGAGUCCUACACGAUCGAGAACAAGCCCUGGAAGACGCGCUGGCGCUGCAAGCAAUGCGGCGUAUGUGUUGCGGGGCACAACGCACAGACGGACAAUUGGAGCAUAUGGGGUCCGCACCUAGAGCGGGGUGAGGAUGGGAAGAUCAAAGAUUGGGGCGUGGUGAAACCCACCGCGCACAUAUUCUACGUCACCCGAGUGCUUGACGUGGAUGACGAUCUCGGAAAGUGGGAAGGGUACGAGAACAAGUCCCUUCGCCUCUCUUGA